AUGGCCGCGCGGCGCGUCUCAGUCGUCGGCCCGCCGGCUCCGACGGCGGUGGUGGACGCGGCGGUGGCGGUGCGGGUGGCGGCGGGCGGCCGGAGCGGCGCGUCUCCUCGGCAGACGGCCAGUGGGCGCCGCUGGACUGGCGUCGGAAGACGUCUGAGCAGCAUGAGCGGUCUCCUGAGCUCCUCGGUGCCGCCACCGCCGAAUGUCACGCUCAAUGCCUCGGCCGCCAAGACGGCCUACCUACUGGCCGUUCACGAGGAGUCUCGCGUCUACGCCGUCAUCUACGUGUCCAUCGUGCUCGUCUGCUACACGGUCGGCAUGUCCGUGCUGCUGACACGCCACUUCCGGCGGGCCGAGAACCAGCCGCGGCUGGCCGUGCUCUACCAGGCCAUCAUCAACCGGACGGCCUCGCUGCGGAGGCGGCGGACUGACGAGGCGCCGCGCGCAGCGCCCCAGGUGGUGGUGCACGAACCUGAAGUGUCGCCGGCGCCGCUGCGUGGCGCUAGUGAGCGGCCGUCGGCGGGUGGUGCGAGGCAGAACGGCCGCCAGGUGUCAUCACUGGACGAGAUCACGACAGACGUGGAUGUCGAGGCCUGUGAUGGCAGUGUGGUGGAAAGGACGACUGGGAGGGUGUACCGAGAGACGGACUUUUAGCUCGUGAGGCGAAACGCGCGGGAAGUGCGCUGGUGCCAACGUGAUGCGCUCAAGGACGCCUUUGAAUCGUUCGUGGGCGUCGGCCCGAUAUAGGUAAUCAUUCGAAGUGGUUAUUUGCUGUUGCUGUGUGCAGUGCGGUGUCUACAAGCAACGUAGCGCAUGCCUGGCGAAACAGGGUCAAUGCUAUUACCGAUCUCAUCAUGGACAUUGAUUGCAUCACGAACAUUGUUUGUGCGACUUGCGAAUGUCGGCCAGGAGGCAUCGAGGCACGGACAUUGUCGCGUGAAAGAAAACAGGCGUGUACACCAAAUGUUGUCGAGAGUUGCUGAUUCUUCAAGCGAUGUUCAUAUUGUGGUCCGUUUUGGAUCAUCGUAUCACCCAUAUGUGAGCUGUUUGGUGCAGAAAUACAGAUAUGUUAUUGAUUGUCUAAA